GCCAGUGCGUCCGCACCUCCAACGUCAGUCCAUCGUGUGAACAAAAUUUGGUCAUCAAAAUAUCAACAACAACGCCGGUUUUGCAUCAAAAAAGUCGACAGUCCGGUUUCGCAUGGCACCUUGAAUGAGGGAAACAAUUUUCUCCCGGGGUUUCCCGAGGCUUUCUGCCCAACUUACCUCCCCUAGCAGCCAUGGCGACCCGCAAGGUCCGAUACAAGAAACUGAGCGUGAAAACGCCCUUAUCCGUGCUCAGAGAGGAUCAGAUCGAUCCCACAGAGUAUGAACAACUCACAAACGAAGCCCAAAUCGCGACCGGAGUCGAACAGGCCGAGGAAAAUGAAUACCAUCUUCAGGCUGUCCUGAAGAGCGCGGGAGUCGCGAUAGAUCAGGAAAUCCCCGUGCCGCCACCCCAGGAGAGCGCACUCAACUAUGACCAGCUCUAUGCCCGUCCGUUCGCCAAGACAUCAUCAUACAUCCGCUUCUCACAAACCGUGGAAGAAUCCAUAGGAUGCAUGUAUGAUAUGACCGAGGAGGAUGAUGCCUUCCUCAAGUCGUACAAUCAGAAGCGAGCGGCGUCGGCUCAGCUUCCCGAGGAUGACUUUGAGAGGAUCAUGGAGGUGUUUGAAGACACCUCCUAUAUCAAAGCCCCCUUCGCCUCGAUAGACCAGACCAUAGUUUCGUACGAUGACAUGCUCCAGGGCCUGCAGGAACUGGAGAAGUCCAAGAUCAUGCCUCAAGCCAAGGAGGUCUAUGAGUACUGGAAAUCGCGGCGGCAAGCACUGAACAACCAGCCACUCCACCCGACGCUCAAGUUCGAGAAGCAUCAAGAGAGUGAUGAGGCUGAUCCGUACGUCUGCUUUCGGCGCCGUGAAGUCCGCCAGACCCGCAAGACACGAGCUAGGGACGUGCAGAGCGCCGACAAGCUCAAACGCUUGCGAAAAGAGCUUGAGGAAGGCCGGCAGCUGGUCCUCGCCGCCCACAAUCGCGAGCUUCUGAAGGCCGAGAUUCUCAAGGCGGAUCGUGCCAUCUUCGAGGUGAGAACACAACUCAAGGAGCACAAGGUCCGUCUGGGCAUCAAGACCGACGACGAAGACCUCAUCAACCAGAAGGUCAGUCCACCAUUGCCCGUCUGCCGCAUCUCUUUUGGCACUGACACUUCACAGCCGCAAAAGAGGAAGGCCGCCGAGAUUUCGCUUGUGCAGCGGGCGCCACCGCCAACGCAAAUUCGCAUCGCCGUCCGGUCCGAUGGACGGCCGCCUGCCGAGGCGGACCUCGCGCUCCUUUGUGAUCGUUUGGCCGAGAAGGAGAAUGAGCUGCGGGCCGACAUAGAGAAGAAAGUGCAGAGCCACAAUGAGUGGAAUCGGAACCACUUGGACCUCACAAGAGGUCCCCUGUCGCCGGUUCAUGGGCCCCGGCGGGACCAUAGCUUCAGGCCGGCCAAGACGCAGUAUUUGAUGACGCCACCAGCUAGUGCAUCGUCGGCGUCUUUGGAUGAGCCAACACCAAUGGACCUUGACAAGCCGCAGGAUCCGCAGCCUCUCCUCACGUUUCGCGGCGUGGCGCGGGAUGAAGAGUCAAGGAAGAAUCCACCGGCAUAUCGGCGUCGGAUCGGCCGGCUCAACCGAUUGUGGAUUGACCGUCGAGGGAUGGCCAGCCCCCCACGCGACGUCAGCGCUGAGGUGCUGGAUCGUUGGAAGUAUGACCAGUCGUCUGAUGACGAGGAGGAGCCACCCGUGUACGAGGUCGAUCCCUUUGACACGAGUGCUCUGAGGUUCCGCGCGUCCAUUCCUCUGCCGCCAUGGAUGGGGAGUCGAGUAGCGGUGGCGAAUGCUCGGGCGCCGCUCCCACCUCCUCAACCACCACAGCAACCGCAACAGCCCCAACAAUCAGUGCUGCAGCCACAACCGCUACCACAAGCUCAAACAACAGCUUGACGGCCGUUGGAUACGGUUAGAUGCCGUGUGUCUGUUCCCCGCCUUCCGUACACAAGCGGCUGAGCGAUUGGCGAGAACAGCGCAACUCUUGCUCUGUAUACCCACUCAACACUUCGAUGAUUGCAUUUCAGCGAUGGGCCUGGUAGAAGAAGAAUUUGGCCUGGCGAGGCGUUCUGGUGUCCGGGUUUCGUGUAGAUGAUAUUAUCAGGCAGACCAAGCCAUGUAUAUGUGUAAUGUGCAAAUGACGACAUGGCGUGCUGUGGACAUCGCUCAUAGGCCCCUGAGAAUCCUAGCCAAACAGCGUUU